CCGUAUCGAAGGGUUGGGGCAGGUAGAAGCUAAGACUCGGGGAGAGAAGUCUCUGGGGCUGAGAAAUCACCUCCCCGUCGCUCGCACAAAGAGUGAAAAGUCGCUAGUUAGCUGGAUGUUUUGUAUAUAACGUUGGUUUUGAAUGUCUUUCUUGGCCGUUUAGGUAUUUUGUAUGUUUAGGUUUUGCUGCCCGAAAGAGUACAGAAUCUAUUUUUUGUGAAGAAAAAGUGAAAAAGCUGCUUUAGGUCUGGAUUGCCUACUAGCCAAGUUCCGUGGAAGUUUGCAGAGUGGAGCUGCACAGUUCUAAUUCCUCUGGUUCUUAUCUGCUUCUGCAUUUCUUCCCCCCACAAUCUGAUUUAGUCCACCCUCCCAUUUCUUCCCCCUUUUCCUUGCUCUUUUACUUUUCCUCUUGAACCAUGUGUGAUAACAUGGACCACGAGGACAAGCCACCUGCCCCACCUGUGAGGAUGAGUAGCACGAUCUUCAGCGGGGACGGGAAAGACUACACACUGCUGGCCAAUCACAGUUCCAAGCCCUUACCAUCAGUGCCUGAAGAGAGGAAACCUCGUAGCAAAAUCAUCUCUAUCUUCUCUGGGGCAGAGAAAGGUGGAAGACGGAAAGACAGGGACAGGGAGCGGCCGGAAAUCUCUUCUCCCUCGGGUUUUGAACACACCAUCCAUGUGGGCUUUGAUGCUGUUACUGGGGAGUUCACGGGAAUGCCAGAACAAUGGGCACGAUUACUGCAGACCUCCAACAUCACCAAGUCCGAACAGAAGAAAAACCCUCAAGCUGUGCUAGAUGUCCUCAAGUUCUACGACUCCACAGGAAACACAGGCAGGCAGAAGUACCUCAGCUUCUCUUCAGAGAAGGAUGGAUUUCCUUCGGCUAAUCAUUCGCCUGUUAAAAAGAGUGCAGAACCGCCGUCACCAAACGUUAAGAAUGUUGAUGAUGAUGAUGACGACGACGAGGGGACACCUCCGCCUGUUGUGGCACCACGGCCAGAGCACACCAAGGGGGCAAAUACACGGUCAGUUAUUGAUCCAAUCCCUGCACCAGUCUCUCCAGAUGGGGACAGUGCAUCCAAAGCUGCAGACAAACAAAGACCCAAAAAGGGCAAGAUGUCUGAUGAGGAGAUCAUGGACAAAUUGAGAACCAUAGUCAGUAUUGGAGAUCCUAAAAAGAAGUACACACGAUACGAAAAGAUCGGACAAGGAGCUUCAGGGACAGUGUUUACGGCUAUCGAUGUUGCUACUGGACAAGAGGUGGCCAUCAAGCAGAUCAACCUACAAAAACAACCCAAGAAGGAGCUAAUUAUCAAUGAAAUUCUUGUUAUGAAGGAACUGAAAAACCCUAACAUUGUCAAUUUUUUAGACAGUUUUCUAGUAGGGGAAGAGCUGUUUGUGGUGAUGGAGUACCUGGCUGGUGGCUCACUAACUGACGUAGUUACAGAAACCUGUAUGGAUGAAGCUCAGAUCGCUGCGGUUUGCAGAGAGUGUUUACAAGCACUAGAAUUCCUUCAUGCCAACCAGGUCAUUCAUCGAGACAUCAAGAGUGACAAUGUUCUGCUAGGAAUGGACGGCUCUGUUAAACUAACGGAUUUUGGGUUCUGUGCCCAGAUCACACCAGAGCAGAGCAAGAGAAGCACAAUGGUGGGCACCCCAUACUGGAUGGCCCCUGAGGUUGUUACUCGUAAAGCUUAUGGUCCCAAAGUCGACAUCUGGUCUCUCGGCAUCAUGGCUAUUGAGAUGGUGGAAGGAGAGCCUCCAUACCUUAAUGAGAAUCCACUGAGGGCACUGUACCUCAUUGCUACUAAUGGAACUCCAGAGUUGCAGAGUCCAGAGAAAUUGUCACCCAUCUUUCGUGAUUUCUUAGCUCGCUGUCUGGAAAUGGAUGUAGAAAAGAGGGGCAGCAGUAAAGACCUAUUACAGCAUCCUUUCCUGAAGUUGGCUAAGCCUCUGUCCAGUCUCACACCGCUCAUUCUGGCUGCUAAGGACGCCAUGAAAAACAACCGCUAAAAUCCUCCCUAUAUGAGCCUACUGAGAAUCUCAGCGUUUUGAACGGACUCUAACUCCUGUGCCACGUAUCUGACUGCUGUGCCACCUGGCCAGCUAGUAUUGCCAAAACAUUUCUACAAGCAGUUUCAAAUUUCCAGCUUUUUAACCUGGUGGGACUUUUUUUCCUUUUUUUUUGGUCCAUGUGAGUAGGGAAGGGAGCAGCAGCAUCUUAAAUGUCUCGUCUGUUCAUCUGUGUUACUGUAGCCUUUUCCAUACUGUUUAUGCUGCACAGUAUUUCAUCAGGUCUUUCCUGUCCUUUCUUCUUUUUUGACAAUUAUGUGCAGGAGAUUUGUGCUUAAGGGGAGAAGUAUUUAAAGUGUCCUUGAGAUGUUUUGUUAGUAAUUUCAUUUUUAUAGAGAAAUGAAAAAAAAAACAUGUGCCCAACUUUUUCAUUUUUCUUACAAAUGUAGCUGAGAUUAGUAAAACGUUAUUAGUGGG